AUGGCAGCCAUCAAGGACGAAAACAACGACCAUCUCGUGCAAUCCGAUAAUCCUGAGCAUCCUUCUAACCUAAUUCCGGCUCUCUGCCGUAAUUUCUACAGCCAUGGCUGGGUCACUGGCACUGGAGGCGGGGCAUCCAUCAAACGGGAUAACCACAUUUUCAUUGCUCCUUCUGGUGUCCAGAAGGAAUUGAUCCAACCCCACGACAUCUUCGUCUUGCAAUACCCCACCCCCAAAUACCCUCCAUCAGCGCGUCAAUAUAUCCGCAAACCACUCGAACUCAAACCAUCCGCCUGCACGCCCCUCUUCCUGGCUGCUUUCGACCGUGGUGCGGGGUGCUGCAUCCAUACCCAUUCCCAAUGGGCCGUCCUCGUAACCCUCCUUGUCGAGCGUGAGAAGGGACCGGAGGGUUGCUUUGAGAUUAGCAACAUUGAGCAGAUUAAGGGAAUACCUAGAGGCAAGGGAAAAGGCAUGUUGGGGUUCUUUGAUACAUUGAAGAUACCUAUCAUUGAGAAUACGGCGUUUGAAGAGGAUCUGACAUCUAGCCUUGAGGAGGCUAUGGAGAAGUAUCCGGAUACAUAUGCCGUUCUGGUCCGGAGGCAUGGAAUAUAUGUCUGGGGAGAUGAUGUCGCGAAAGCUAAGACGCAAUGCGAGAGCUUAGAUUAUCUCUUCCAGCUGGCGGUCGAAAUGCAUAAACUUGGCUUACCCUGGGUGAAAUCGUGA